GGAAAUCUGUCAAUUGAACCGUCAACUGUCAAGUCGAUAUUUCUUUAGCUGUGUUAUGUAGUGUCGCGAACCCAACCCAAAAUUCCUGAAUUGAUAAUUAACUAAUUGUACUGCCACCUGAUCUUUUUCAAUUUUGGAAGCUUCGAAUCAAUUGUAGGGAAAAUGCAAACAAUCAAAUGUGUGGUUGUUGGGGAUGGAGCUGUGGGUAAAACAUGUUUAUUGAUUAGUUACACAACUAACAAAUUUCCUUCCGAGUAUGUACCUACAGUUUUUGACAAUUAUGCUGUCACUGUUAUGAUAGGUGGAGAACCCUACACCCUAGGACUCUUUGAUACAGCUGGUCAAGAAGAUUAUGAUAGACUUCGACCAUUGAGUUAUCCUCAAACUGAUGUAUUUCUUGUAUGCUUCUCAGUAGUCAGUCCAUCGUCUUUUGAAAAUGUCAAAGAGAAGUGGGUACCAGAAAUCACUCAUCACUGUCAAAAAACUCCUUUUCUUCUAGUUGGCACACAAGUAGAUUUAAGAGACGAUGGUGCCACUAUUGAGAAAUUGGCAAAGAACAAACAGAAACCCAUUUCUGUAGAGCAAGGUGAAAAACUUGCUAAAGAACUUAAAGCAGUUAAAUAUGUUGAAUGCUCAGCUUUGACUCAAAAAGGUUUGAAAAACGUUUUUGAUGAGGCAAUUCUGGCUGCUUUGGAACCACCAGAACCAGUGAAACGUAAAAAAUGCGUCAUCUUAUAGGCCAUCAACCGAUUUGAGAAAUUUGAAGACUUUAUUUACAAAAACAAUUAGGAAUUAUUUAUUCCCGAAAUUUUACUUGACCUAAUUAGAAAAUUCCUUCAAGUAUUUUAAUUCGCACCAUUUCGGCCAAAUUUUCAAAAGAAAACACUGUUAUACUUUCAAUAACUCGUUUUAAGCUCAAAUUUAUUUAUUUUUUAGAAGAUUGUUUUGAGGAUACUUUCGGGCAGAGAUAGAUUUCCGCUAUUGAUAAUAUUUGAUACUAGAAAAGCUUUAUGGAUGCAAAAAGGUAAUAUUUCGCAAUAUAUUGAAUAUAGGAAUCUAUCUUUGCCUCUAAUACCGAUAUAGUGUUCGUAAAGUUCAAAUCCUCUUUGACAGUUAAUACUACAAAAUCCUAUUCGUUUAGGUUUAAAAGGCAUUUUUCCAUUUAUUAGUGUAAUUGAAUUCAACACGGAACAAUUCUGCAAAUUGUUUUAAAUGUAAUUCGGAGAGGUGUAUCCGGCGUGGAUGGUUUUUGUUAAGACAAAUCAAGGGUGCUAUGAACUUUGAACGAUUACACACACACAUACAUAUUUAAAACAAUUUAUUAAGAAAGCUACUCGAAAAAAUCACAGUUAUUUCUUCAAAAAAGUUUGACUUUGUUCUGGAUGAAUUUUUUGAGUAGCAUAGUUAAACCCUGAUGUAUCAACUUUUAAUAUAAUAAUCAAGUUUGAGGUAAUUUUUUAAGAACUAAACCACUAAAAUUGUAAAUAAAAUAGGAUGAUUGAAGAGGUCGAGUGAAACAAAAAAAAUCACUUUUGCAUUUACUUCCUGUUUUGUGUAAAAUUAGGCACAUGCAGUAUUGUUCAAUAUUAUUUUUCUAAUGUGUGAUAGCAAAGAAUGUAUGAAUAUUAGAUAUAAGAAUUUAUGUAUGAUUUAUUUAAUAUAAGAAUUUCUAUCUACAACUAA